GCGCGGCGACCCCAGCCCCGCGAGGCUGGGAAGCAGGGGUCGCUGGACGCCGGCCCAGGGCCUGGAGGAAGCGGGAGGAUCUUAGUUCUCAUGUGGCUUGGGCCGGAGACUGGGCUCAGAGAGGGCUAGGUGCUUGCCCAAGGUCACACCACACCGGUGGGACAAGGAAGUCCCCACGGAGUAAGCGGCCGCCCUCUCUGGUGUGCUCUCCGGCCGGCUGUGGAGUCGGGGGAUCCGGACUCGCAUUUCGGCCCUGCCACUCACUGGCUGCCCCUGAGCCUCAGUUUCCUCCUUGGCAAAAAGGGGUGAACUCGAGGGCCUCUCUCAUUGGGUGGUGGUUGUAAGGGUGGCAUGAGAUAAGACAGGGCCCAUGGUGAGUGUCCAGUUAGUGGCGCUGCCGUUGAUCAGGAAGUCUCUCUGUCACCUCGUUAGUGCUGAUCCUCCUAGGACCAAGGCUUGGAAAUCCAGCCAAUGAGCGAUGAUUGAUGACUCUGUGUUCAGGUCUCCCACAGCGGCCCUAGAGUCAAGGUGGGCAUCCUUGACACCAGUUUACAGCUCAGAAUGAGACGCUCAGAGAGGCUACGCCAACGAGGUGGGGGAGGCUUUCCGCUCCCUGGUGCCAGCGGCUGUGGUGUGGCUGAGCUAUGGUGUCGCCAGCUCCUACGUGCUGGCAGAUGCCAUUGACAAAGGCAAGAAGGCAGGAGAGGAUUUCCUGCCUCUGCCCCAGCUGGAUUAAGUGCCUCUGUGCCCACCAGGUGCCAAGCCCCGAAGCAGGCCGCAGCACCAGGGUGACUGUGGCUGUGGUGGACACCUUUGUGUGGCAGGCUCUGGCCUCUGUGGCCAUCCCAGGCUUCACAAUCAACCGUGUGUGUGCCGCCUCUCUCUAUGUCCUGGGCACGGCCACUCGCUGGCCUCUGGCUGUCCGCAAGUGGACCACCACCGCCAUCGGGCUGUUGGCCAUCCCUAUCAUUAUCCACCCCAUUGACAGGUCAGUGGACUUCCUCCUGGACUCCAGCCUGCGCAAGCUCUACCCGUCGGUGGGGAAGCCCAGCUCCUCCUGAUCGUGCAAUGGCCCCCUGCUCACGCCAACUGCCCGUUCCUGCCAGGAGAUGUGGAUUCCUGGCUCCCUGACUCCACGACCCUGGCACCUGAGUUUGAGC